CUUCUCGAUAUAACAUGCCAACUACAGUGAUGUUAGACAUGCACAAGAGGACGGAGGAGAGGCGUUACAGAUUGUCAGCAUCACUAAGCCACAAUUCUGUAGAUAUCAACUAGUCUUAGUGUCGCUCAGCCUUGCGUAACCGAAACCUCCGCAGCCUUGUCCCUGAUGACAUUGUUCAUCGCCGUCCGUCUUGAUGUGACUACGAUCCAGCUAAUAUGUCAUUCGAAUUUCCCAGACCAGCCGUCACGAUUCCUCGAUAACGACAAUCUAUCGAUUAUUGCGACCAACGAUGCGCCUCUUAAAGCUUAACGGCAACGGCGGCUUCAUCCUGGAGACCUUCAGAACCACGAUCCCUCCGUAUGCCAUACUUUCUCACACAUGGGGAAGCGACAGCGAUGAAGUCACAUUCAAGGACGUCGCGGAUGGUGCUGGGAAGAAUAAGGCGGGGUACCAGAAGCUGGUAUUCUGCGGAGAUCAAGCCAAAUCCGACGAUCUAUCGUAUUUCUGGGUGGAUACAUGCUGCAUCGAUAAGUCAGAUCACCACGAACUUACAGAGGCGAUCAACUCCAUGUUUCGGUGGUACCAGAAUGCGGCGCGAUGCUACGUCUAUCUUUCAGACGUCUCGGUACGCACGCAGGAUGGCCUGGUUUCUCAUAUCGAAUGGCAGUCCUCUUUUCGUAACAGUCGAUGGUUCAUACGAGGAUGGACACUCCAAGAGCUUCUCGCGCCGGGAAUAGUCGAAUUCUACUCCCGAGAUCACGUCCGACUAGGCGAUAGAAGGUCACUAGAACGGAAUAUCUGCGACAGAACAGGAAUCGCCAUAGCGGCACUCCAAGGCCGUCCUCUCCAUGACUUCAGCGUCGAGGAGAGGUUUCGAUGGGUAGAGAAGCGACAAACCACCAAGGAAGAGGAUAUAGCAUACUGUCUUCUUGGAAUUUUUAACGUUUUCUUGCCGCUUAUCUAUGGCGAAGGGCGAGAGCAUGCAAUGAGAAGACUGCGACGAGAGAUCGAGGACUCUAAGCAUAAUAGCUCGCGACCAUCCCGAAAGUUAGCACGUACCAUCCCGUUCGAACGUAAUCUUCGCUUCACCGGUCGCGAAUCCGAGCUUUCUCAAAUUGAAAAGCUACUCUUCCGGCAUGACCAAACCACAAAGGUCGCAAUCACUGGACUUGGAGGCGUAGGAAAGACGCAAUUAGCGAUCGAGACAGUCUAUCGGAUCAUGGAGAAAUGGAGUAAUUACUCAGUAUUCUGGAUUCCCGCGACAGAUUCCGAAACUCUUCUUCAGGCGUACUCGACAAUCGCCCAAGAGUUGGAUAUACCCGGAAGAAAUGAGCAAGGAGUAGACGUGAAGCGUCUCGUUCAGAAUUACCUCAGUAACGAAGACGCAGGCCAGUGGCUCGUGGUGUUUGACAACGCCGACGACAUAGAUAUGUGGAUGGGAAAAUCAGCUGAGAGAAAAUCUAUCGGUCUCCUCGACUACCUUCCAAAGAGCAGGCAAGGGAAUAUCCUCUUUACUACGCGGGAUAGGAAAAUUGCUACUAAGCUGACGUUUCAGAACGUAGUAGAAGUGCAGGAAAUGAACUCAGAGGUGGCUUCGGAGCUAUUACAGAAAUGCUUAAUCGGACACGAUGUAGCGGCCUGCCAAACCGAUACGGAAACCUUACUCUUACAACUGACUUACCUCCCGCUCGCGAUUAUCCAAGCAGUAGGGUAUAUCAAUGCAAACGGCAUCUCGAUCGCGGACUAUCUUUCCUUACUUAACGAGCAGGAUGAGUCUAUAAUUGAGCUUCUUAGCGAAGACUUUGAAGACGAAGGCAGAUACCGCAAUAUCAAGAACCCGGUAGCUAUAACAUGGCUGAUAUCGUUCGAGCGAAUUCAGCAGCACGAUUCUUUAGCAGCAGACUAUUUAUCUUUUAUGGCAUGUAUUGAGCCAAAAGAUAUCCCACAGAGUCUUUUUCCACCUGGCCCAUCUCGCAAGAAGGAGAUAGACGCUCUCGGGACGCUUCACGCAUAUUCGUUUAUUAGUAAACGUCCAGCAGAUCUCACAGUCGAUCUUCAUCGGUUAGUGCAUAUAGCUACUCGGAACUGGCUUCAAGAGAACGGCCACUUGGCCCAGUGGACAGAGAAAGCAGUGGGGCGGCUAGAGGAAGUCUUUCCUAGCAAUACGCACACUAACAGGAGUAUAUGGAGGGCAUACCUGCCGCACGUGCGCGUUGUACUACAAUCUGACCUCGUCCAGAAGGAGUCGAAGAAGAGGAUAGAUCUCCAAUGGAGAUAUGGAACGUGUCUCGACGCCGACGGACGAUGGAGUGAGGCAGAGGUCGUUUAUUCCCAGAUUUACGAGAUAGAAGAGAAAGUGCUUGGCACAGAGCACCCAGACACGCUGACCAGCAUGGCCAAUCUGGCGUCGACUUAUAGGAAUCAAGGCCGGUGGGAUGCAGCGGAAGAGCUGGAGACUCGCAAGACGAAGCUGGGAGCAGACCAUCCAGACACGCUGACCAGCAUAGCCAAUCUAGCGUCGACUUACAGGAAUCAAGGUCGGUGGGAUGCAGCGGAAGAGCUGGAGGUGCAAGUGAUGGAGACUCGCAAAACGAAGCUGGGAGCGGACCAUCCAGACACGCUGACCAGCAUGAACAAUCUUGCUUUCACGUGGAAAGCACAAGGUCGAGCUACAGAGGCGAUACGUCUAAUGACAGAAUGUGUACAGCUUCGAGAUCGAGUUCUAGGAACUAGACAUCCCCAUUUCAUUUCCUCCUCGAAAAUAUUGGCAGACUGGGAGGCAGACCGAAUAGAAGAAAGCAGUGAGCAAGAUGAUACUGGUGCUAUCAGGUAG